AUGGACUUUACAGCAGCAUACCGCCACGCUUCUUGGCGAUGCAUCGCCUUCUCCCCUGGCUCCACCUUUUUAGCCUCAGUCACGGGCGAUGAUGCCUGUUCGAUAGUCGUACGAGCCAGCUCGACACUCCAAGUCAUCCGAACGUGGACACUGGAAGCAUCGAUCAGCAUACUCGAAUGGUCGCCCGAUGGGGCUUUCUUGCUCGCUGCUCAUCCGGGGCAAAAGGAAGACGGGGUCGUGUUCGUGGUCUCCCUUGACCCAGCUAAGGAGGCGAACGAUGGAUCUGAUGAGGGAUCAGGGUGGGUAGCUCGCAUCUCUUCCGGUUCCGAUGGACUCUCACAUGCAACGUGGGCGCCGCCAUAUGGGCCAAAGACGCUCAUUCUUUUCAGCCAGAACCACCUGCGUGCAUCGCUUUACAACCUGGUCGAUCAGCACAUCUCCGCCAUCGAAAGCCCGAAGCACGACAAGAUCGUAUGGUCGCCAAAACAGCCGAACUUUUUUGCGAGCCUCUUGAAGGGAGCGGAACGAGACUCGUUAUACAUAUUCUCGUGUCAAAAGAUGACGCACAAGGACCUGCAGCAGUUCACAAACAAGCCUAAAUCAGAAGAAAUGUGGAAAGUGGAACAAGCGUUCCAUCUGGCAGUGAACGACGCACACGAUGUAACAUGGGCACCAGAUGGAAGCUGUCUAGCCGUCUUGGAAGGACCACUCGAAUACAAGCUGCAAAUUUACAGCCCACUCGGGGUUCUGCGAGCAACAUUUCUGAUCGAGCCGGAUUCGAAAACCAGCACACCAGUCACACGGACAGGAAUCCUCCCCGAUUCGCGUCCGCAAUCAUCAAAACGACGGAACGAAUGCAACGCAGAGCUGCCUCACAUCGUCGCAGGUGGCGGACUCGGUAUCCGCCAAGUCGAAUGGCAUCCAUCUUCUCUCUUCCUUGCCGUUGGAGGCGGCGAUGAAAAGGUUCGAGUCCUCGAGAGCAUAGAAUGGGAAGAGGUAGCUUCCCUUGACCUGUCCAGUACCUCGAUCCGGCCAUCGAAAGAUCCCACCUCCAUGCCAAUAUACGGCCCACUGAUCGCGUGGCGAGAGCCUCUUUCCUGGUUGGAGGAGACAAGAGCACGUGGCAUUGUCGGCUUGGAACAAGCCAGCCUUCCACUCACCCUCCCUUCGUCAAAGAUCGAUGCUACUAAACCAAACAAAGCUGGGAUCUCAUGGAUGGGCUGGAGUGCAGAAGGCAACCUAUUAGCAGCCUUCAACGAGCGCCUACCGCAUGCUGUUUGGAUCUUUGCUUUCUCAGAGCCGGGCGAAGCGAGGGUCUCGGGGCGGUCACCACGCCUACUUGCUGUAAUGCAGCUGAAUGGAGUGGCAAAGAAGAUCCAAUGGAGACCAGGUCACAUCGGCAAGCUCGGAGUGGUCUGCGAGAAUCGCGCAAUCUGCACUUGGGAACUCAUCCCCACUGCAUCUGCCGGUGAAGGGGGAAGGCAGUACAGACAAAGAGCAGAGGCCAUUCCGAUACCGAACGACGACUUGAAGGCAUCGCAGCUGCAGUGGUCGCCUGACGGGCAGAAGAUCUUGCUUGCUUCUGAGUCGCUCUUUUGUUGUGCUUUCGAGGCUAUCGAGGGUUGA